UCGACCAAUACACAAUAAUAUAAAAAAAUAAACAUAAUUCUAAUCUCCAAAAUGAUACCAAAAUACGAAAAAUACAUUCAGUCGUUCUUGGUAAUUCCUAAAACAUAAAUUUUAAGUGAAAUAACUCAAAUAUGAACCGCCUGAUGAACAGAGAAUCGCCAUUUUAUCUACAUGGCGAAAUACAAGAUCACAUGAGCGACUACAGAGACUGUUUCAAACAAGUCAUCAAGCAAAGAGAGGUUCUCCAAAUGCCAUUUUUCCACGCAUCAACACAACUUUCAUACAGGAACAGUUUAGUGAAUCACAUGCGACAAAUUUGUAUUAACAAAAAACUGACUCAUUGCACCCUACAUUUAGCUGUGUAUUUGAUGGACUCAUUCAUGGAUUGUCAUAAUAUAAUUCCCGAGAAAACAUUACUGUUGGCCAACGUAUGUUUACUUAUAGCUGCAAAAUUCGAAGAAAAUUCGAAAAACAUCCCGAAAAUAGCCGAACUAAAUUUCACCGUACAUAAUCGUUACAAUAUAAAAGAGUAUGGCAGGUUUGAAGUUAUGAUACUGGACUACUUUUCAUGGUACGUCAUGUUCCCGACCCCAGCCCAUUACACCCAUUAUUACGUUCAAGCGGCCAUCAGCAAAGAAGACUUGUUAUUAACCGAAGAGAGAAUGAGGACCUUAAUAUACAAACUACACGACUCGAUUGUAGAGUAUUUAAAUCAAAUUAUUGACAAUAUACACUAUAUGCAAGACUUCAAACCAUCACUUUUAGCAGCUACGGUGAUAGCAGCUAGUAGAAUGGACUGUAACUUGCCGGUGUGGACACAACAAUUGGAAGAACUAACUGAAUAUACUAGCACAGACAUAUCCAGACCGCUAUGCACCUUGUUAAUGAAUAAGCUUAAUAGAGACAUGACGUACCCCGUUAACCUCAUGUGUACAAAUAAUAUAAAUUAUUGUACCAGCUGCAAUAUAACUUAUUGCCCUCAUUGCCAGUUCCUUCAAAAAUUUUAAUCAAACGUUUGUAUUGUAAUUAUUGUACAUUAGAGACAAUGUAAAAAAUGUAUUGUGAGUUAUACCACCAUAAGAAUACCAAAAAAUAUAAUACCUAGAUAGUUA